AACCCAACGCCCCAAGUCCAAUCUGCCCACCCUAAAUCCCUAAUCGGCUAAUCCUUUGGUUCGGUGAUUCCCUAUCCCACCGGCCUCCGGCAGUCCGGCCGACGCCCUCGAUCCUCCCGAUUCUCACCUCACCUCACCUCAGCCUCGCCCAGUAGCCCCUUAGCCAGUCACCCAUCUGCGCCUGUCUGCCUCACUGUCUCGGCCAAUCAGUAAGAAAAAGGACUAAUGGCGGGGAAAGUAGUAAAGUCUGUAGCAAAAGCUGUUUCUGAGUACCAAUACCCGUUGCAAGAUAAGUUGGCAAAAUACAAGAACGAGCUCUCAAAGGGAGUUUGGGGUUAUUGGGAACUUGGAGCGUGGAAGCCUCUGGGCAUCAGUGCUCGUAGGCGAGCCCAACUGCGCAAAGAAGUUCUACUUGCUGGGCAAGAUUGGCCGUACGAUCCAGAAAGGAAGGAAAUGCGAAAGAAGCAGAAAGGGCAUAAAUGUGACAGAAUUGCAGCGGAGAAGCGUGCGAAGACAGCUGAACUAAUGCAGCAAAUGCCUAAAAUGUUGGCAGAUUAUAGGAAGAGAAGAUGGGAGAGAAAGAUGAAAGCCGAAGAGGAUGCUGCUAGGAAAGCAGUCCAAGAGUAAAGCUCAGAUCAUUUAUUGUUGAUGAAAGAUGAACCUAUUUUGGAUUGCUUUCCUCAUGAAUUGCAUAUUUGAAAUUGGAUUGUUUAUUUGCUCUUUUUU